GCGAACCCGGAUGGAUAUAAAGGGGAAAAAAUGAACACAUUCCUAUCUCUUCUCCUCGAGGUCUGGACUUUUUUGGGGUUUGUUUAAGUAGAGUCUGCUGCCUUCUUUUUGGUCGGGCAGAAAUCCGGGCUUCUCGUCGGGGGGACUGUACAUUGAUAGCUCGGAGCAUAGACAGGGUGGGAGUGAAAAAAAGUGGACGAAAAUGUCGGAUACAAAGGUAAAAGUUGCAGUGAGAGUUCGGCCCAUGAACCGCAGGGAAAUUGAACUGAAUACAAAAUGUGUCGUGGAUAUGGAGGACAACCAGACAGUCCUACACCCACCACCCUCAAAUGCAAAAGGGGAGAACAGGAAACAACCUAAGGUGUUCGCCUUUGACCACUGUUUCUGGUCCAUGGAUGAAUCCAACGUUCCCAAAUAUGCUGGCCAAGAGGUGGUGUUCAAGUGCCUUGGAGAAGGAAUACUUGAAAAUGCAUUCCAGGGAUAUAACGCCUGUAUAUUUGCCUAUGGACAAACAGGUUCAGGCAAGUCUUUUUCCAUGAUGGGAAAUGGGGAGCAGCCGGGUUUGAUCCCUCGACUCUGCUGCUCGCUGUUUGAGAGGGUCAGCAGAGAGGGGAAUGAGGCCCAUUCCUUUAAAGUGGAGGUGUCCUUCAUGGAGAUCUACAACGAGAAGGUCCGGGACCUACUGGAUCCCAAAGGGAGCCGACAGUCCCUGAAAGUUCGGGAACACAAAGUCCUGGGUCCAUACGUGGAUGGUCUAUCUCAGCUGGCUGUAACCAGCUUUGAGGACAUUGAGGUGCUGAUGUCAGAGGGAAACAAAUCUCGCACAGUCGCAGCCACCAACAUGAAUGAAGAGAGCAGUCGAUCACACGCUGUCUUCAGUAUUAUUGUCACACAAACACUGUAUGAUCUACAGUCUGGGAAUUCAGGGGAGAAGGUGAGCAAGUUGAGUCUGGUUGACCUGGCAGGGAGUGAAAGGGUGUCCAAAACUGGAGCGGCUGGAGAGAGACUCAAAGAAGGCAGCAAUAUCAACAAGUCUCUUACCACCUUAGGCUGUGUGAUUUCUGCCCUGGCUGACCAGUCAGCAGGAAAGGGGAAGGCCAAAUUUGUGCCUUACAGAGACUCAGUUCUCACCUGGCUACUGAAGGAUAACCUUGGUGGAAACAGCAAGACAGCCAUGAUCGCCACAGUGAGUCCAGCUGCUGAUAACUACGAGGAGACUCUGUCGACUCUACGUUACGCCGAUAGGGCCAAGAGAAUCGUCAACCACGCAGUGGUGAACGAAGACCCCAACGCACGGAUAAUCAGAGAGCUCAGGGAAGAGGUGGAGAAGCUCAAAGUUCAGCUCUCUCAGGCUGAGUCCAUGAAGGCUCCUGAGCUAAAAGAGAAACUGCACGAGUCUGAGAAACUCAUUCAGGAGAUGACUGUCACCUGGGAGGAGAAGCUACGAAAGACAGAAGAGAUUGCCACUGAGCGUCAGAGGCAGCUAGAGAGCAUGGGCAUCUCUCUGGAAACAUCUGGGAUUAAAGUGGGUGAAGAUAAGUGUUUCCUGGUCAAUCUGAAUGCAGAUCCUGCCCUAAAUGAGCUACUGGUCUACUACCUGAAGGAGCACUCACGUGUGGGUGCCGACACGUCUCAGGACAUCCAGCUCUUUGGGAUCGGUAUCCAGCCGAAGCAUUGCAUACUGGAGCUCUGCCCAGAUGGUGAUGUCACCCUGACGCCCAUAGAGAACGCCAGAACCUGUGUGAACGGAACAAUGAUUGAUUCCUUGAUACACCUGUGGCACGGAGACCGUAUCUUAUGGGGCAACAACCACUUUUUCAGGAUCAAUCUGCCUAAACGAAAGCGGCGGGACCGCUUGAAGGAGCUGGAGAGAGCAUCUCCCAGAGAGAGCUUUGUCGAGUCAGAUGUGGAGACUGCUAGUGAAGCUUCUUCUGAGCAGGACUACAGCUACGAGUUUGCCCAGAUGGAGGUCAUAAUGAAGACUCUGGGGAACAAUGACCCCAUGCAGAAUGUGGUCCAAGUUCUGGAGAAACAGUACCUGGAGGAAAAGCGGACGGCUCUGGAGGAACAGAGGUUGAUGUAUGAGCGAGAGUUGGAGUCACUACGGCAACAGCUGUCUCCGGAGAAAACACCGCAGCACCACCGCAGCAGCAGUGACCGCCUGACGUUCCCUACGCACACACCGCACGGCAAGCUGCGACUGUGGACAGAGGAGCGGGAUGAGCUUUUUCGUCAGAGUCUUUCUCGACUCAGGGAGCAGGUCGUGAAAGCCAACACCUUGGUGAGAGAAGCCAACUUUUUGGCAGAGGAGAUGAGCAAACAGACUGACUACCAGGUCACCCUUCAAAUUCCUGCAGCCAACCUCAGCGCUAACCGCAAGCGUGGAGCAAUAGUGAGCGAACCAGCCAUCCAAGUGCGUGGGAAAGGGAAGGGCACUCAGGUUUGGACCAUCGAGAAGCUUGAGAACAAACUGGUAGACAUGAGAGACCACUACAGGGACUGGAAGGAAGGCACAGAGGAGAUUUAUAACAAGGCAAACAGUAAGCACUGUGACCCAUUCUACGAGGCGCAAGAGAACCACAACCUGAUCGGAGUGGCCAACAUCUUUCUGGAGUGCCUUUUCCAUGAUGUCAAACUGCAGUAUGCUGUCCCCAUUAUCAGCCAGCAGGGAGAGGUAGCAGGCAGGUUGCAUAUUGAGCUCAUGAGAGUCAGUGGAGUUGUGCCCGAGCGCCUGUGUGGGGGAGAUGACUCGUCUGAGAACUCCAGCGAGAGUAGCUGCUACGAAGUCAUGGACACCAACGGGGAGAUUGUCCACAUGGCCAAGAGGCUCACCUGCAGGGUGCGGAUCAGGGAGGCCACGGGGCUGCCUCACAACCUGUCCAACUUUGUCUUCUGUCAGUACACCUUCUGGGAGCAUGGCGAGCCCACUGUGGCUCCUCCAAUGGUCAGCCCAGAUAGACCUUCCCCUCGGAGCCCGGAGGCCCAGUUCACUGUCCAGUUUGACCACUGCAAGGACUAUGUUGUACAUGUGACAGAUGAGUUUUUGGAGUUUAUAUCGGAUGGAGCGUUGGCAAUAGAAGUGUGGGGUCACCGCUGUGCUGGGAAUGGACGUUCACUCUGGGAGUUAGAUGCAUUAGAGGCCAAGACCCAGACACUUCGAGACAGGUGGAGUGAGGUGUCUCGCAGGAUCGAGCUGUGGAUUUCCAUCCAGGAGCUGAAUGAUCAGGGAGAGUACUCGUCUGUGGAGCUGCAUCCUGGAAAAGACAUCAGCACAGGGGGAGUCUUCCAACUCCGACAGGGUCACUCCAGAAGGCUGCAGGUAUGUGUGAAGCCAGUCCAAAACUCAGGCACUCUGCCUCUGCUGGUGGAGGCAGUGCUGUCUGUCUCUAUUGGCUGUGUGUCGGCUCGCUCCACCAAGCUACAGAGACCCCUUGACAGCUACCAGAGAGAGGUGGAAGACGAUAUGGAUAGUUAUCAGGAGGAGGAUCUCAACUGUGUUAGAGAGCGCUGGUCAGAGGCCCUGAUCAAACGGCGGGAGUACCUUGACGAACAAAUCAAGAAAAUCAUCAACAAGCAUGAAAAGUCAGAGGAGGAUAUUGAGCGUGAAGCCCGGCUGGUGGAGCAGUGGGUUGGCCUGACCGAAGAAAGAAACGCUGUGCUGGUACCUGCACCUGGUAGUGGCAUCCCUGGAGCUCCUGCAGACUGGACCUCACCUGCAGGAAUGGAAGCUCACAUCCCGGUCCUCUUCCUGGAUUUGAAUGCGGAUAAUCUGACAGUAAAUGAGCAGCUGACUGGCCCACACGCUGCAGGAGUUAACUCUAUCCUGCCCAAAGAGCAUGGGAGCCAGUUCUUCUAUCUGCCCAUAAUCAGACACAGUGAUGAGGAGGUGUCUGCAGUGUGCUCCUGGGACUCAUCCAUCCAUGAUUCUGUGCACCUCAACCGGGUCACGUCACCUAACGAGCGCAUCUACCUGAUCAUCAAAGCCACGGUGCAGCUCAGCCACCCUGCCUCCAUGGAGCUGGUGCUCCGCAAGAGGAUUGCGGUCAACGUCUACAACAAGCAGAGUUUCACACAGAGUCUCAAGAGAAGAAUGUCCCUAAAGAACACGCUUUACUCCUGUUGUGUAACCUAUGAGAUUGUUUCCAACAUACCAAAGGCCUCAGAAGAGCCAGAGGAGAGGGAGACCUUGGCCCUCAUGGCUGCUCGCGGGGACAGUGAGGAAACUCAGGAUGGAGAAACCUACAUAGAGAAAUACACACGGGGAGUUCUGGAAGUGGAGAACAUCCUCAGUCUAGAGAGGCUACGACAGGCUGUGACAGUGAAGGAGGCGCUCGCUGCUAAGGGGAGACACCUAAGAAGGAGUCUCAGCACACCAAAUGUACAGCAUUCCUCAUGCAGUAGAACAGAUCUGGUGGGUUGUGAGGAUGAAGACUGUAAGGACCACUGCGAUCAUAUUGACAGCUCCAACCUCAAUCCCCAGGACGGCUCCCUUUGUAGCACACCAAUCAAAAACAAGGAGAACACAGGCUUGGUUCCAGAGAGUCCAACAUUUUUCAACUCGAGCCCCUUCAAGGUCCUCUCCCCUCAGCCACCUAAGUUCCUUAAGUCUCUGCUGCCUGUUAAAGAGGAGAACAAGGUGAAGAAAGCCUUGGAGGCCCAGCCGUUGCUGGGACAAGAGAGCAUGCGCUCAUGUGUGGACAGCCCUGCACUGCUCCCCACUCCCUGCCCCUGGCGCAGACCCAGGGCAGGCAGCGAGGGCCACUGCAAGCCUUCCACCUUCACCUCCACCACCAUCCCCACCUUCACUCCCACCAGCAGACAGCUCAGCCACACACUGCCACACACUGCUGACUCUGAAGACGAGGAGACGGUGGACAUGAGUUUGAAUCUGGAACGGGGCCCUCAGGACCACAGCAGCUUCCAGCCUUACAUCCCAGAGGACUUUGCAAACUUUGAGAUCUACAAUGCCACUCUGGAGAGCCAGGAAGGCUUUCUAUCCUCCCGUUCUGACUUGAAGGGAAGCCGGUGCGGAGGUGGAGGCGGAGAGAGAGAGGUGUCUCGAAGCCCCACGGCCAGCAGCUGCACUAGUGGUUAUUUUUCACACAGCACCUCCAAUGCCACACUGUCUGACAUGCCUUUCAGCUCCAGCGAGAGCUCUGACCACCUCAGCUGCACCUCUAGAGAUUCCCAUGACCCCCUCGGUUGCUCUACUGGAAGAGGCUGCACCCAAACCAAAAGUCUUUCUGCAGGGAGUGACACCCAGCAGCCUCCUCUCUCGGCAAGUGGUGUUCAGGAUCUGCCUCAAAACUGUGUUCUCAGCACCAGUCAGGAAUUCACUGACUUUAAAGGGGCUGAUGAUACUGUUGCAGAGGGCGAUUUGGCACGUUUUACAGAGGAAUGGCAGCAGGAGGGUUUGGAACUCUCUGCGAACCAGAACGAGAAACCAGAUAAUACAGAAACAUGUGACACUGGCGAUCAACACGUUUCUGAUGUUCCUGGUAUUAGUGACACAUCUAAUCCUGAAAACGCUUCAACUGCUAUAUGCAAAUGUCCUAAUAAUGACGUCUCUGUUAGUGUAGCUGUGCCCUGCCCUAACACAACUGUUUGCACUUCAGUCAGAGCCCCUGACAACUCAGUUGCAUCGCCAACCCUAAUAACUCCCUCUGCAUCAGUCCCACCUCCAGCAUCACCAUCGCCAGUCACAACUGUGCCCACAGCCCCAUCGUCUGCGCCGGCUCUGGGAGGAGGAGGAGAACCUCCGAUCCGGGAACCAGCACAGGGGGAUCUGCCCCACGGGAGUCCCUGUCCCAGCCCUAACCCCAGCAGUGCCGAACCUUCGGGGGACUCCAGCGGGGAUGAGAGCACCCCUGCAGCUCAGCUUCCUGACUGGAUGGCCCCUGGGGAGCAGGUGUGGGUGGGGAAGAGGAGAGGAACGGUCCACUAUGUUGGAGGGGUGGAGUUUGCUAAGGGGAUCUGGGUGGGUGUCAAGCUGGAUCUGGCUGUGGGUAAGCACAAUGGGACUGUCCAGGGAAGAGUGUAUUUCCGCUGUCCCCCGGGUCACGGUGUGUUUGUGAAACCAUCUCGUCUCACCAGAGGACAGCCCUCCAUGGACACAGAACCCCAGACUCUGAUCAGAUAGGACCCAAAGAAGGACCAGCUUUCUGAGAUUCUCAGAUCCAGUGCCUAUGGGUUAACCACAAGCUGACUUCAUCAUGUCUCCUCUUUUCCAUCCCUGUUUCCACCUCUCAAGCUCUGAGCUGAUGUAUUCUUUAGGUGUGUCUGCUUUCCCUAAAGCAUAUCUGACCUGUGCAUUUAAUGAAGGUAUAUCCUAAUUACUGUUCACUGAAAAUUCACUAUGCACAUGAGUUUUCUAUAUGGUGAUAUUUCUGAUAGAGAACAUAACUUUUAACUUGGGAGUCCAUAUGGAAAUAUUACCCACAUACAUUUUCUUACAUUGGUUUCUGAACUUUAUACAUGAUAUUUUUUAUAAGACAAUUCAUCCUCCCCUGAGGCUCAUAGUGGAAAUAAUCUGGGAUAUGAAGAUUAAGAAUGUACUACUGUUAAUAAACAUUGAUAUUUACAUCAAUACGAUGUCAGGGGUAACCAAAGAACUACGGUUCCGUAUCUGCUGUUAUGAGUAAUGUGUUAUAUUUCUAAUGUUAUGGUAUGUGGAGGCAUACAUGUGUCCAAGUAAAGCUUAGUGCCAUAUCUCUAGGAGUGAUGCCACGUAGCCUGAGGAGUGGACAAAUCUGCAAAACCUGAAGUGCUUUCAGUGUUUGACUGCAGUUAUGUUAAAUUAUCCUGUUGAAGUACUGUAACACUGUGGAUGAAAUAAUCCCCAUCCCGCAUGAGACUGUUGCUGUUUGAAUGCUUGCACUGGAAAGGAUUCUUGGAGAGUUCACGACUGUCUUCCAUAACUGGACUGAUGAAACGAUCUCUGCGUGCUUCUGACUGAAGGGACAGAUGAACCGCCUAUCAUCACUUUAAUAUGCCGAACGAAGCAGCUAGGCUUUGCCUGAGUCCUGGAUAUACUGAUGCCUUAUAGCCCUGUUUCCAUAAAGGCAGGCACAUAAACCCCAGUCUACUCAUUGAACAACUCGCCAUAACAAGUUCACUGAGUUUUAAAAAAUAACAAACUGUAUGGACCUGAAACCUGUGUAUGUAUAUCAUGAAGCCCAUAGGCAUUCAAAAUGCCACCCAGCCUAAGUGACUGAAUGAUUGAAUACCUUUUAUAAUGGAUUGUCCAUCUGCAUUUUCUAUGUUAACUGACUCAUGUGUAUGUAACACCACAUGUUUAAAAGGUACUCAAUAAUGCAUUAUUUCCACAUUGGAGUAUUGGAUGAAUGGGUGGGGGACGAUAUCAGGUUGCAGAAGGAAAAAGUGGUGUAGUUAAUGUAGAAAAGUUGCCCUAUGAACAUAUAUUUUUAUGGAAGUGGUGAACUGUGGAACUGACUAGAAAUAGUUAUAUAUUCAAGCUGUAAUUUCACGUAAAUGAAAGAAACCCAACCUUACUUUAAAGAAGAGAUCAAAGCUGCUCUCCCUCAUAAGGAGUUGUAAAUAGAAAUGUAUUUGAAAAUAGUAUUUACGCUAUUAUAAUGUACAGAAUUGUAUUUAUAAUGUAUCUCAAACUGUUUUAAUUGGUACAAAAUGUUCUAGAUUAGAACAUUUACAAUCAA